AUGGGACUGUUCAUGGAUUUCCACUGCGAUCCACGAGGUCCAGAUGCAGAGUUCGGUCCCGAUCUCACCAUGGGACUCCGACCAUGGCUCUGGCUCCUGGUUGCGGACUGCGGCAGUGUCGGGAUCGUUGAGCAUUCGAAUCCGGACGGAUGUCCUCUUGGUUUGCGGAACUGUACAGGAUAUGCCUUUGUCACUCUCGAACCGAGGGAGGUUCGCACUCGGCUAUCCCCCCGAGAGGAGAUUUGGACGACCCUUACAUAUGACUCAAAAUCUGCCGUAUCCAAUAGCCCAGCCUCUCGUGGAAGAAAGCAUGGGGGAACAUCGUUCGAUAGUUCAAUAGUCGCGGACUUUCGUCGUCUCUACGGGAUACUUCGCCGAUCAUCCGAUAGUACUAGUUUGCGAUGUGUGAGGGCCUUGCCAGCAGACCUUCGGGCCGAGAGCACGAAAGCUUGGGUAGCACGAGAUCUACGCAGCCGCAUGAGGUCGGAUAGCCAACCUCUGCGGCCUGUCUGA